UUGAACCUUCAAGUUAUUGCCCACAAUUAGAUUCUCGUUUUGCAGCUAUAACUUGCAAGUCCAAGGCAUACCUAUCCUAUAUAUAAACACCUCAGUCUUAUACUACAUUUGAUCACCAAGAGACACCCAAGCUUUGAGGGUGAUUAAACCACUCUUUGAAACUAUGGUCUCCUUUCACAUAGCGUUGCCCGAGAGUCCUAAAGCUGAAAUUCAUGCAGAAUUUGAAGCAUCAUCAAAGAAGAGAAAAUGGGAAGACCCAUUUGCUGAAGAAUUCUUCAACAAUCAAGCUAGUUUAAAGAAAAGGAAACCCGUCUUCGAUAUAGAGCUUCACCCCGAGACCCCGUUUUCUUCAGAUAAAUGGCAUCAAUACCUUAGUAUUCAGUCUGGGCAGAUACAGUUAUGUAACACAAGGGUGAGUCGAACAACAACAGAGGACCCUUCUGAUAACAUGAGCCUAGACCUUGAGCUGAAUUUGACAUGUGAAUCACUGAGGAAAAAAGAAGACACUUAUGAUCAUAUAAGUGAUCAGAAGCAGAGUAGUGGCCCUCUUGGGGGUUUGAGUGAACGUGAUGAUCUGUUUAUUGAAUCAAGCAAGUGUAAGAAUGAUUCGGAUGGUACAAUUCGUUCUCCCACGGGGUUGUCAUCUGAGGGAGAUUACAAAGAGAUGGUUGCAACGGUGUGCAUGCGGUGCCACAUGUUGGUGAUGCUAUGCAAGUCAUCUCCUUCAUGUCCUAACUGCAAAUUCAUGCACCCACCAGACCAGAGCCCUUCAAAAUUCUUGAAGAGAAGGUGCAGUCUCUUCUGCUAGCAAGCAACGUCAAAUACUACAUAAAUUUUCACAACCAAUCUUACGUUUAUCUUUUAUUUUUCCCGCCUGAAUAGCCUAAGUUUCUUUAUAUAUAACUGUAAGUUCAAAACAGUGGGGUGAUGAUUAAUCUAGCUCUACGUAAUGG